UUUUAUUGUUAGUAUAAUUUCUUUUGAAAUGGUAAUAACCGGGGGAUGCCGAAAUAGCGUACGGAGAAUAGUACACAAGUUGCCGAUUGCCUGUCACCUACUUUGAGGUCACUAGAUAUGUGGAUUGUUGAUAAUCUUUCUUUCGUAAAUACGAAUGAGGUCACCGACCUAUAACUUUUUAUCUCAAUGUACACAUAUGUUAUAUUCUAUAUUGAAUGAUGUCGUAUCUUGUAAUCAUUUGCUGUUCUCAGCUGUUAGCAUUGAUUUAAUGUUUUCAUUUUGCUAGGAAACGCAUUUUAUAAUUGAUUGCUAGAUUUUCUCCUUUGAUCUAGCAGCUGAUGACAUGAAGAAUGUGUGGAUUAUUUGCGACAUAUCUUAAAUCGUGAAUUUAUACGGAUAUGCAAGUGAAAAUGGUGCGCUGACAUUCCAGAAAAUCUUUGGCCUUGACUCUCAUUCAGAGUUUACACUGAAAAGAUUGCAGACACACAGCCGUUGCCAGAAACUUAUGUCCACAUGGCAAUGAAAGCGUCUCUCCAUACUCGGAUUGUUGCAGUAGCGGCGUUGUCUAUGGGAUUCAGUCUCAUUAGCUCAGCGUUCAGUUUCUACUAUGUAAAAGUAUUUCUGAACUACUAUCAAAUAAAGGAAAGCUGGUUUCAAUUUUCACAAACGUUGUUCCUUGUAUGGAACGCCAUUAACGACCCACUAUUUGCAUAUUGUCAAGACAGUACAAAUUUUCGUUGCUCCAGAACUCGACGUGAAAGUGUUCUGUAUGCCGCUCCACUUUUUGCAUUGUCUUUUAUAGUGCCGUGGUUUCCAUGGGGGAACCCAGAUACCUUGCAGCCGUGGGUAACAGGAAUUCAUCUUAUAACAGCAUUGUGUUUUUGGGACACCAUGUAUACGUAUGUUGGCUUAGCAGGAUGUUGCUUGUUUACGGAAAUGACAGACGACAAUACAGAGCGACUCAAAAUGGUAAAAUAUAAUCAAAUAGGUUAUCUACUGGGAUCUUCUAGCAUAUUUGUGUUGCAAUACAUGUCAGAUCAGCUGGAAAACUUUCAGGUAUUUCAAGUAACAUCUAUCUGUGUUGCUGUUGUAAGCUGUUUGUUAAUGAUGUAUUGUGGGAAACAUGCACACACCGAGAGAGAACUUCAGUACGAGAACGACGUGCAAUGUGGAAAACCAAAAAUUAUAAAAUCACAGGAAUACUCAUAUUUUACUCUUACAAAGCAGAUUCUGUUCAAUAGAGAUUUUCUUGCUUUUGUGACAGUAAACUUCUUCCAGGAAUUUCAUCGUACAUUUGUUUCAAACUUCUUUGCUGUAAUAGCAGACCAGCUGAUUGUGAAAGGUGCCAUUCCACCAAUUGUCCGGAGUUUGUUUUAUGGGGCCAGUUCUACAGGGCCAAAGUUGGUAGUGAUAUUUGGUACUGGUAUAGUUGGCAGAUUUGGAUAUUACAAGGUGAUACGUUACAGCCAAAUCUUCAUGAUUGCAUAUGGAUUGAUAUACUAUAUGACUGGACCAAUCAACCACUGGUGUGUGAUGUUCUUUAUGCUGAUAGACAGUUGUUUGGCAGACAGUGUAUUCUCAUUGUUCAAUCUUCCACUUUCUGAUAUAGCUGAUAACGAUCUAGCUCGAUACACAAGGAGACAUCCGGUGACGUCAAUGGUUUAUGGUAUGAAUGCUCUAGUUGUGAAACCAGCUAUUUCGUUAUCUCCAAUGUUAGUUGUCAGCAUUCUAAACUCUUAUGGAUAUGAUCGUCUCAAAGAUGGAAAACUGGGCGCUACUAACGUCAGCAGCUUAAACACUGCUAUGUUCAAUUUGUUAUGUCUAUUUCCUUUUAUAAUCGGAUGUGUUCAGUUCUGUUCGUGGUCGUUCUACACGAUUAGGGAGAAAAAGACUAUAGAUAUUACAUUGCUUGUUGGGACUGGUGAAGAUUCCUUGUAGACUUUAGUGUCAAUUAAAGGAAUCGUAGGAGUAUAAGGCAGUUUGUCGGUUUAGUUAUUAUUUACCCCGCCACCUCCUUAUAGUUCUGUAGCCAAAAGUGGUGAUAUCCACUGAAAAAACCAUCGAACAAUAAUGAAAAAAAAACUUCAACUGUUUUUAAGAGAAAAAUAAAUCUGUGUCGUGAGUUUAACAUAGUCGGAAUAUUUGUAUGUGUGUCUGAUCUUGUCCGGACUAUAAGGUUACAGUUUACAUAAUUUAAGUAAUUCUAGACUUACUUUGCGCAAAUGAUUGCUUUCAUAAGACUGCAAUUUAGCGCUACUCUAAAGUCAAAGUCACAAGCAGAGGUCAGAGGUUAAACUGUGUACCAGGUUGAGCGAUAAAUGCAAUUUUUAGUUAGUGCUCAUAUGUAGCUCAAAAGGCAACUUGUUCGUAUCUUAUCUUGUGUGGGCUCUUCACUUUGGUAUGCUUUGAUCUAUUAUUACAAAAUAAAAUAGAUGACGCA